AUGGGACAAGAACAAGUGUGGUGCGAAGGUCUGGGUUAUGCUGAUGUAGAAAAUCGUGUGACCUGUAAACCAGAGACAGUCAUGCGAAUUGCUAGCAUUAGCAAGUGUCUAACAAUGGCAGCUGUUGCUAAAUUGUGGGAAGAAGGAAAACUGGAUUUGGAUGCUCCAGUGCAAAAAUAUGUUCCUGAAUUUCCAGAAAAAGUAUAUGAAGGUGAAAAGGUCACCAUCACUACAAGAUUGUUAGCUUCACAUUUAAGUGGAAUCCGUCACUAUGAAAAAGAUCUUGCAAAAGUAAAGGAAGAGAAGGAAAAAAGUAACAAAGCCCUUAAGCUAACACAAGAUUUAACAAAGUCUAACCAGGAGAAGGAACUAAAAGAAAAACAAAAUAAAGCCACUGAAAAAACUGACUUUGCCAAAGUUAAGUCAGAACCUGAAGGUGAAGUCAAAGGCCAAAAUACAAAAUUAGGCAAGAGACACAAGGAAUUUGAGUAUGAAGAGUACUACUUGAAGGAAAAAUUUGAAAGUGUGAUUGACUCACUGAAGAUAUUUAAAAAUGAUCCUCUGUUCUUUAAGCCAGGUAGCCAGUUCUUAUAUUCAACACAUGGCUUUACCCUCCUGAGUGCUGUUGUGGAAAGAGCUUCAGGACAUAAAUUUACAGACUACAUGCUGAAAAUAUUUCGUGAGUUGGAUAUGCAGUCGACAGUACUGGAUGACAAUGAACUGAUGAUAUAUAAUAGAGCAAGGUAUUAUGUUUACAACAAAAAAGGACGUCUGGUCAACGCCCCCUAUGUGAACAACUCCUACAAAUGGGCUGGUGGUGGCUUUCUAUCUUCAGUGGGCGACCUUCUGAAAUUUGGAAAUGCCUUGCUGUACAGUUAUCAAGUUGGACAGUUUAAAAACACUGUCAACAAACUACUUCCUGGUUACCUCAAAGCAGACACUGUUACAAUGAUGUGGACCCCAGUGUCAAACACUGAGGUAUCAUGGGACAAGGAGGAAAAAUAUGCAAUGGCUUGGGGUGUUGUAGAGAAGAAGCAGGAAUGCGGUGUUUGCAGACAGCAGCGACGCUAUGCAUCACACACAGGUGGUGCAGUGGGGGCAAGCAGUGUCCUGUUAAUUCUUCCUGAAGAGUUGGACUCUAAGCUCACAAAUAGUGAGUUAGUGGCCCCACCUAGAGGAGUAGUUGUUACUAUUAUCUGUAAUAUGCAGUCGGUGUCCCUGAACACCACUGCCUUAAAGAUUGCAAUGGAAUUUGAUAAAGACAAAUGGGCAUGAUAUUUCAAGUAAAAUACAAGAGGUCUGAAUAAUUUAACUACAGUAUUGAAAUAUGAACAAGCCAAUGGAAAAAGGUAUGUAUGAGCUCCAAAAUUGCUAGGAAUACAUGUUUCAGAGACAGAGGAAGUUGUUUGACUUUUUGGGGGGCAGUGCUACAUUGUGUGUGCAGCUGGAAGCAGAGCAGCUCUAUAGUUCUUAGUUUAUGGGAAAGGAAAAUGUGUAAAAUCACCAUUAUACUAGCAGUAUUUUUUUUCACAUCAAGCUAAGAUGCAGACUAAGGUUGAGUAAGCAUCACUGGUCUUUGUCAAAAAUAGGAGUGAUGCUUACUCCCAUGUUUUAGGCUGUGAGACAUGCAAUAUCAAGUAAAUACUUUCUUUUAAAUAUAAAAAACCCUCAAAAUAGUCUCUCAUGUUAUGAUGCCUUGAUGCUAGAAAGACUAUUUUUUCUUGAAACUUUUUAAUUUUAAUGCUUGCCAAAGCUGUGGUUUUUUACUAGUAUUCUAAAAACCAAAAUCUGUAUUUUUCAUGAUUGUUUAGAAAUAUUGAGUGUAAAUUGGUAUUUUAGUGAUUUAAAAACAGACACAAACACUAAACUUCAUGUGAAACAGCCCCCAGGGUAAGAGAAAAUUACAUGCUGAAUUUCUUCAGAAGUGCACUUUCAAGCUGUAGCAUUCUCAUUCUUCAAAAUUUUCUUGGGAGUUUGAACAGAAGUCAGGGCAGAAUGCACCUUUAUAGAUAAACUUGGGGCUGACUUCAAAAUAGCUGGGGCUGCAUGCCACAAGUCAGUGGACCUGGGCUACAUACUGAGCAGGCUGCAUGCUGUGGGGGCCACAUGAGAUGCCUAGGACGCCUGCCAUAUGCAGUGUGAACCUCCUGCUGUUAUGCCCUGGAGGCAGUGAGCCCUCCACUACCAUAGCUUGGAUGAUUUACUCCUCCUUUUCCCCUCCCGCCUGCUGCCACUACCAUGCAAGGUGAAUUCCCCCGUCCCCACUCCACAUGAGCAGCACAAGUUCCCCAUCCAAGUCACCCUGCUGCUGCUACAUGGGCAGCAAGCUCACAGCCUUCUACUGUGCUGCCCUGCCCAGAGACCCUGCAGCAGCUGAAACAGUGAAGUGGCAGCUGAGAACCUGUGGGCUGUACUUAAACCCCUCAUGGGCCACAUGUGGCCUGUGCACUGCCAGUUGGACAGCCCUGGGUUAACUAAUUCAGAGAUGCAUGAGCCUUUGUAAGCAACAGCUCCCUUUGUCACCCAGAUGGCAUCUGACAAUUUGGGUUACAAAGUGAGCUGUUACUUACAAAAACUUAUGCAUCUCUGAAUUAGUCUACAGCAGGGGUUCCCGAUGUUUAUGUGCCCAAGGGCACAUUCAAAUUUAAAAGAGAAAGCAGCAGGCACCAAUAUGAAUAUUAAACUCCUGGAUAUGCGCAUGCACAUAGUUUUAUUUGGGGAGGAAGCAGUAAGCACCACUCCGCCAGUCAGACUGACUUGGUCUCAUUUUCGUGGCCGUUGCGUACAGCCUGUGAAAAAAAUGUUGAAGUGUUGCUGUUCUGAGUUUAGUUGACAGUGAUAGCAUUUUUUGUUGGAAUAAUGAUUUUUACUGAUCAUGAAAAUGUGCACGGGCACCUGAAUAAACCGUGAGGGGCACCAUGACGCCCGUAGCCACUGCGUAGGGAACCGCUGGUCUAUGGGGUGCAGCUCUGCCCUGCCUUCUGCCUGAGUUCAGAAUAAUACAGCUGACAGUCGCACUCUGAAAGGAUAAAACUAAGUAAAGAAAAGAUUACAUUAUCUUCUAGAGAUACCUUUUUCCUUCAGUCUGACUGGGAGCAGAAGACAGCAUAUGAAACGAAUCUGCUCACCUAGGGUCUUGAUACACUUUGUGGUAGUUCACAAUUCAAAACGUUUAGUAUUCUCUUGAUUUUGCUUAUCUUACAAAGUCAGUAGUAAAAAUUCCAUUGCCCCCAUGAAGAGUAAUUCCAGAUCAAACCUUUUUUCUUCCAGGUCAUAUGCUGUUGAGUGAGCCUUGCUCAAUAGUAACCCCUCUAGAUAAGCAAGAAGCAUUACUGAGAGGUUUCCAAAGGGCUUUCAUAUACUUAAGCUCCUCUCUGCUGUAGGGGCUUGAGGAUUAUUGGAUCAGGAAAUCUGUGCUCUAAAACAUUUCUUGCCCUUCUUUCCAGAAGGGGCACUGAAGAAUAGCUAAGUGAGCUCUCCCUGUAUUUAGUCAUCCCCUUCCUUAACAGAAAACAAAAACUACAUGCUUUCAAUAUCACCAAGCAGUUUUCCAUUUCAGAAUAUGGACUGUGAAUAUCACCAGCAUGGGCCAGUACAUUCCUUUUCUUGGCAGGUUAUUCUAAUAGCAUAAAAGAUGAUCUGCUAAACUAGCUUCUUGUUAACAUUAGACAUUUUUGGUAACCAGCGCUGUUUGUUGAAAAACAAUUUUCUGUUCUCUUACACAAAUACCACUAAACUUAUCCAAGCCCUUUCACACCAUGCAGAUUUCUGAUCUGUUUCUAAUGUCUGUCCCCUUGCCACCUUUUUAUCAUUUUAAAUCUUUUUCUCAUUUAUACAGAUUAAAUGUGUUCACAUUUUCUAGCCUAAAUGGAGAUGUUGGACCUCUGGAACUGCUCAAGUAACUUCUUGUUUUUGUUCCCUUCAUGUGCAGCUUUUGAAUAUAUUUCUUCCCAGGCAGUCCUUUGCUCUACUUCUGAGUCAGCAGGUCAUCUUUGUACAGUGCCAAGCAUGCUGCCUCAUCUCAAUAAAAGAAUUGAAUUUGA